UUCUUCCAAUCAUCUCAGGUUAAUAAGACACAGCAGUUUUGCUAGAGAGAGAGAGAGAGAAGAUGAAUACAGAUAUUACUGCGUCGACGAAGCCCGAGUACCCAGUUAUAGAUCGAAACCCUCCAUUCACCAAGACUGUCGCCAAUUUCAACGCCCUUGAUUACUUACGUCUUACCACCAUCAGUGGCAUCUCCGUCACCGUCGGCUACUUGUCGGGGAUUAAGCCGAAUAUUAGGGGUCCGUCUAUGGUGACUGGAGGUCUGAUCGGUGUGAUGGGUGGCUUCAUGUAUGCUUACCAGAAUUCCGCCGGAAGGCUAAUGGGUUUCUUCCCCAACGAAGGAGAGGUAUCUCGGUACAAAAAGUAGGAGAGAUCUCUCCUUUUGUUUUGUUUUCUUUUCUUUUUCCUAGGGUUUCCCCCCCACCCCCAUUUAUGAGUAGAGAGGGACAGAAAACAGCUAAAAGAGGAAGAAGAAAAAAGAGACUUCUUGGGGGUCAUUCGAUUCUGUUUGAUGCAUUGGAUUGGAAAUGCUUUUGCUAUGAAUAAUAAUAAUAGUGAUUGAUGCAAUACACUUGAAAAACUUUGUAUGAUCAAAGUUUCUUAAUCUGAACAGUUGUUGUUGUUG